AUGGCGAAUACCCCAUUCCAGCUGUCGCUGCAGACUUCUGAGGCGACGCCUCCUGCACAAAUCUCCACAUCGAGUCUCACGCCGCCCGUAACCCCAAUUGCAAAAGAGCGUCACCAAACAUCAAGUCCAUUUCAGGAUAUACAACCAUCUCAAUCCCUCACUGCACCCAAACCAAACGUCACAGCCCCUCUAUACUUCACCAACGACCUCGAACUCAUCCGCAAUGGCGACAAUCGCCCCGUCGAAUUUGGCCGCGGCGCCUGGAGCAUAGUAUACAAAGCGCGCUCAACACCAAGUACCCAACAAAUCACAAAUACCCUCACAAACAACCCAUCAACACCCCCAAGCUCCCCAGUCACAACAACCCGCAUCCUGGCCGUAAAAGCGCCCGUGCGCCGCGAUGCCCGCCCAGUCCUGGAAGCCGAAGCCCUAACUCUAACCCGCCUCACCCUCACAAAGGGCCACGAACCCUACAUCGUCCCCUUCCACGGCACACACAGCGACCUAGGCGGUCUAGUCAUGACAGCAAUCCCACUCGCUCUGUCAACAUACAUAGAAGACCAAGCCGACAUUGCGCGCACGCGCCAACCAGCCACGCCGACAAUGUUCGACCCAGUCCAAGGACCAGCCUCGUACAAGGAUCUAGCGCGCAAGUUGAUCGCAGGCCUCAACUGGUUGCACCAGGUCGCGGGGAUGGUGCAUGGUGAUAUCAAACCGCAUAAUAUCCUCCUGCGACUUGUGGACGCAGACGAGAGUGAGAUUGAGAGUGGCGCUACCAGCGCAUUCCCUUUCGAGCCUUUGUUCGCGGAUUUCUCGUCUGCUGUUGAUAUUCCUGAUGAUCCUUCUGUCCCACUUGAUACGACGCGCGCGUCUAUGUCGGCGUUUACGCCGCCGUUCACUGCGCCGGAGAUGUUGGCUUCGUUGACGGUGACGACGGGCGAUGUUGCACCGACGCCUGCUUCUGAUGUUUUUUCAUUGGCUGCUACGCUGCUUGCUGCUGCUACUGGGGACUUGUUGUUGUACCCCGGUACCAGUAACAUGCAGCGCCUUGCGAUGGCGAGGCAGGGACAUCAGAUUAUUGAUCUGACUCGUUCUGGCUCGAGUGGGCAUCGUGUGCCUAGGAAUGGGUUUGUUGAGAAGCUUGUUAAGCCGGCUGUUGUCAAGGAUCCUGCUAUGCGGAUUUCGACCGGUGAUUGGAUUGAGCUUGCUUCUUCUUGA